UCGACUUGACUUGUGUAGUUGUACUUUGUCUAAGCAAUUUUUAUCUGGUCAACGAACAACAACUAAACUGCAAUACGCCACACACGACGAAUUCUUUGAUUGAAGACGUGUUUACAUGUACAUCCAGUGAUGCAUCCAUGUUCUACUUCUAUCAAUGGUUGUAAUUAGUACCAAGCUGACAUGGAUUUAUUGACUGCUAUCAAUACAAAGCUAGCACAUGACACUAAUGUGCAAUGUAUGGAUUAUGUAUUUGGAAAUGUGAUCCCAGACUUGAGUAAUAGCAAGUAUGUGUUCGCUCUGGUAAAUCAUCAAGGAGCCUCUUCACAUGGGCUUUUUGUGUACCGCUACCAACACCAAGUGAAAUGCUCAAGUGAUUUGAUACUGGAAUCUAUUUUUGCUAUUAGUAGCGAUUUCCAGUAUGUACUGGGAGCCCCAACAGUAGACCAAGCAAUCUUUCAAGUCAAGAUCAACUCAUCAGGAUCUAGUCUUGUCAUUGAGGUUCCCUUUGAAGCCAAAUCUUCAAAUUUCUUCAUGAACAUCAAGAAGUGUACUAUGAUGUGUGUGGAAAAGAUGAGACAAAAUAUUGUGCCACAGUUCCAAUGGAUAGAGAAAUACAAAGGUCAAGUUGAAGGAGCUGCUUUUGGCCAAUCAUCAUCACAGGAUCCAUUUGGUUUAUCAACCUUCUACACACCAUCACCUGCUGCACUAUCUAUAGAUUCAAAACCUGGCAAAGACUUGGAUCCAUUUGCAGACUUUGUAAAUGAACGCCAGUCAGUCAGAUCCAACAACUAUGUUAACACUACAGACAAGAAUGGUGGACUUGUAUCAAGUCAUUCCAGCCCAGCGUUACACAGUUCUACAUCAGUCAACAGGUCAGCAACAAACUACCAGCAUAACUAUGUGAAUUGUCCAAAAGAUCCAGGACUCUUAAUGGAUUUACAAGGCAAUAUAAUAACAUCUCCAACUAUUGGACACCCUGCUCCACCACCAAACUUGCAAACUGAUGACCCAUGGAGACAAAGUACUAGCCUAACCAGCAGCAGUAGAGUAUCAACAGCUUCAACUUCAAGUUUAGAGUCUAAAACAUUUGGUUCAUUACUGGGCUUUGAAGAUGACUUCACUGAUGCUGUUAAGACAUCAACGUUACAACCAACAGGAACUCUGUAUGAAAAUGCCUCUACAGCCUCUAUUACCAACUCAAGUUCCACUGGAUCCUUUGAUCUGUUACUCGACAAAUCAUCUACACUUAUACCUGAGGAUGAAGCUGAUAGGGGGUGCUAUGCUACAAUCAAACCUGUCUUUAAGCCUGCUGGAAUCAGACAUGAAAUCCUCAAAAGAAGAGAAAAAGACUACACCUUCCCUCAUAACUUCCGAGUGUUUGUUGGUACAUGGAAUGUCAAUGGUCAAACUGCAUCAGAAGGUUUGGGACCAUGGUUGAAUGUAGAUGACAUCAAAGCUGAUAUAUAUGCCAUUGGUUUUCAAGAAUUGGAUUUAAGCAAAGAAGCGUUCCUCUUCAAUGACUCAGCUAGAGAGGAAGAAUGGAACAAAGCCAUUGAGAAAGCUUUGCAGAGGGUCGGUGCUUACUUCAAGGUCAAGCUGGUGCGUUUGGUUGGAAUGAUGCUUCUUGUAUUUGCCAAGGAGAGGCAUAAGCCCUACAUUCAUGAUGUCAUUGCUGAAACUGUCGGCACAGGAAUCAUGGGCAAAAUGGGAAAUAAAGGAGGUGUUGCUGUGAGAUUUGAGUUUCAUAACACAUCAUUUUGUUUUGUCAACACUCAUCUUGCAGCUCAUAUGGAGGAAUAUGAGAGACGCAAUCAGGACUAUACUGACAUCUGUUCUCGAAUGAAGUUUGAUCAAGUGUCACCACAUCAGCCAUUAUCCAUUAUACGAGACCAUGAGGUUGUUAUUUGGAUGGGUGAUUUGAAUUAUCGCAUUGGUGACCUGUCUGUUGAUGUUGUCAAAGUCCACAUUGAAAAGAAAGACUUUCAAACACUGUUGGAACAUGACCAGCUCGUCAGACAGCAUAGAAUUGAGAAAGUAUUCAAGGGUUUUAAGGAAGGAGAUAUUACAUUCAAACCAACGUACAAGUAUGAUCCAGGCACUGACAACUGGGAUACAAGUGAAAAACAAAGAGUUCCAGCAUGGUGUGAUAGGAUUCUCUUCAAGGGUAAUGUCAUCAAACAAGUUGUGUACCGCAGCCAUGAUAGAUUGAAACUCAGUGACCAUAAGCCAGUCAGUAGCUUGUUUAAUAUUGAGGUGAAGGUCAUUGAUGAGAAGAAAUUCAAGCAAGUUGUGGAAGAGGAGAUACGUAAAGUAGACAAGCAGGAGAAUGAAGCACUGCCGCAGGUUGCUUUAAGCCUAAACAAUCUGGAGUUUAAAGAUGUACACUUCAUGGAACCUCAGCUGCUUACAUUAGAUGUUGCAAAUGUUGGUCAAGUUAAUACAGUGGCCAAGUUUGUCAACAAACUUGAUGAUAAAGACUUCUGCAAACCAUGGCUGAAAGUAGAACCAUCAGAAGUCUUCAUGAUGCCAGGUGACACUGUGGAGUUUACAGUGACAGUACAAGUUGAUAAGAACUCUGCAGCUGCUCUGAAUGCAGGAAAAGAUACCUUUGAGGAUAUUCUGGUGUUUCAUCUGGAUAAUGGCAAAGACUAUUAUAUCACAGUGAGUGGUAACUACAUCCCUAGUAGUUAUGGCUCCUCUAUUGAAGCUCUAGUACAGAUGCAUGGACCAAUAAGAGAGAUGACUGCUGAUGAGGUUAGGAAGUUAGAGUGUGGAGAGACCGGAGUGGAUGACCAAGGAGCAGAUAUGGCGUUCCAGAGGUUUGAUAUUCCUAAAGAGAUCUGGAUGUUGGUAGAUCAUCUCUUCAGAAAUGCAACAAAGACAGAGAAUCUAUUCAGUGUGGAAGGACUCCAUAAGGACAUCUUAGCCAUCCGAGAUUGUUUGGACGUUGGUUUUCCUGAUGAAAUGCCUGGAAGUCUUCAUUCUGUGGCAGAGGCACUCCUGAUGUUUCUGGAAUCCAUGAGAGAGCCGGUCAUUCCAUAUAAGUACUACAACAAGUGUCUUGAGUGUGCAAACAAUUUCCUUCUUUGCAAGCAGGUUUUAACUCAAAUACCACGCAGUCAUCACAACGUUUUCAAGUAUCUGGCUGCUUUCAUCAGGGAGUUGUUGAUCAAUAGUGAUGAGAAUAAAUUAGAUACCAAAACGCUGGCUACUGUUUUUGGAGAAAUCUUCCUUAGAGCGCCCCCUAGUGAGCAAGAAUCCAGCGCAUCGAAAGGUCGAGCCUAUCUUCAGCAGGUUUCACGUAAGAAAGCAACAUUUGUGUAUCAGUUCAUCAUCAAUGAAUAUGAUGAGUAAGUCAGGACGUAAAUUGAGUUGCUUUAUCAGCAGUAUUGGGCACCGCUACUUUGUCAAUAGUGAAUUUAACUCACAGUUAAUCCUAUUAUUUCAUUCAGUUUUAUUAGCUUAUAGAUACUUUUAUUUACUUUCGCAUGCAUAAAUAAUACAACAUAACAUAUUCUAAUGUCUAAACAGUAAUGCACUAGUGUCCAUAAAGUAUAAACGAUUAUUUGAAUCAACAAUAUACACAUUGUAGUUUUCAAGAACAAGCUUACAUGUACAUGGUCAUACCCCCAAUAAUGAAUCUUUAUGAAGGGUAUUUUCCUUGUACUUGCGUGCUUUCUUUUUCAGCAGAGGUCUAAUAAGAGGAUUUAAUGGUAAAUCGGUUUGGCUUUUGUACAUAAAUUGUAUGGAUUGAAAAUCUUGUAAAAGAGUAGCGAGUUGAUAUGACAUGUAUGUACUACAUGGUUGUCUGUGAUCUCUAGCCACACAAACAGGUUCAGGAUUCACCUUUCUGACAGUUUCAAAGUAAACACACAUUUUAUGAAAAAUGAAUAUAAUGUCAAAAAUAUUAACAGCGCACAAAAAUCUGAAUCUUAGAAUAGACUGAAACUAAGAUUGUUGUACAACAAUGCAAUGUAGUGCUACAUACUAUAUAACUGAAAACAGAGGAGAGUGCUUUAAGGAAACUGCAGGUACACACAUGUACGUACAUGUAGAUGAUAGGAUUGUGUCUUUGAUACUACAGCCAUUUGGCACACAGACAGAAACAAAUGUAUUGUAGAAUAACAAGCAUUGGCAGCCAUUUUGAAAAUUGCUUGUGAUAUGAUGCCUUUAUUUUUGUGGGAAUUCAAGUCUAUGAUUCCAAUAUUGUUCUCAUGACAUGCUCCGACUGUGUGCCAUACUCCAUGCAUCAUCACCAAAGGCACAAUUCCCACAAAUAACUCUCUUAUCAGCCCAAAUAAAAGUAAUUUGAAUCAACACAGCUAAAAUGAAAUUUUUAAUAAAUUAUUUUAAGAAUCACUUACAAAAGCUGGUCUUAAAGUACUUCAAAAUAAAUGUACAUGUAUCAAACUUGUUUUAAUUGAUUACUUUGGACUUGGUUUGGAAGGCGUAUGCUCUAGUUAGCAGGUGUGUUUGUGACUCAGUGCACCCAUUGACAUAAAGGUCAUUACAAAAAGGUAUCUGGGUGGUAGCCACCCCUCAGUUUGAUCUUGUUUCCAUACAAGGAGAACAAACAUAAGUGCUUGAUUAACCAGGUCAACAUACGCCAGGGGCGUUUGUGGUUGUUAAAAGCUAUUUUAGAUUUAUUGAAUUAUAAUAUUUAUAUAACAGUACUAUAGAAUAUAAUAUUUUAGGUGACUUUGUAAUAAUAUCUAAGAUUACUUCAAAAUAUUUAUUCUGAUCUAAAACAGAUUAAUUUAAAAUGUGUUAUCAGUAAAUAAGGAUUCCAUCAACCUUGAUCAGUGUCAGGUACUUGCACAUACAUGUAUAUAGUAGGGAUCCUCUGGCCAGUUCUUAUAUAUCUACAUGUAAUCAAUUACAAUCAUAUGACAAAUAUGACGUGUACUGAACUUAAUUAUCAUAAGAUUUUUUAGUGACCAGUACGAGCCCAAGUUACGACAAAUUUAGAAUGUCAAUUAUCAGGUCGGAAUAAAAGGAUGGAGGUCUUGUAUCCUAGAGUAUAUUAUGCAAGUGUUAUCUUGGAUGCUUUCAUGGGUCAUAAUCAUCAUCAUAUCUAGUAUUGUAAGACGUCGAGUGGCCUAAGAGCUCUGAGAGCUCCAGUGUAGUUCAAUAUUCUCCUUUGAUUGCUUUCUUGUGCAGUUUCUAAGCAGUGCUAUUUACAAUGCAAAGAAUGGUGAUCGUAAGAGCAAGAUUCAGUGGUAAGCAGAGUAAUGAAAUUGGGCACAGAAUGUUACUGACAAACUAGUCUAAACCAAACCUACAUGUACAAUGCCCUCUACAUGACCACC